AUGACCUACUUCCGGAAGCUCCGAUCAUUCUUCGCAACUGCUGCGCGCCAAUGUCCGCCCACUGAGCCACCUCAUAACGCAGAGAAUACGCGUGAAGCGACGCAGCCCAAGAAUGAUCCAACUUUACAGCAAGAGCAAGAAUAUUCGAAUGACGAUCCAUACGCAGCACUUAGUGAGAUCGCAGCUCCCGAGCCUGUUGAAAGGAUCUCAGAGGCAGAAUUGGCAAGGCAUCCAUCCUUGGAACAAGGCUAUGCAAACUCCAGAGGCGACUAUUACGGGGCCCUCAGCGAAGUAGCAGCCCCAGAGCCUAUCGAGAGACUUACUGAGGAAGAAACAGCGCGCCAUCCUUCUUUGGAACAGCGUCUCUCGAGGAUUUCAAACCACCGAUUUGUCACUCAUCGAGGAUCUGAUAUUAUAUGA